ACUCCCAAGUGGGAGCAGAGAGUGCACAGGUUCUUGCCAAUUCUGGCCUUUAAAUUGCAAAUGAUUGUAGUGCUUUUGAUGUUCAACAUUCAGGGAUACCCUUCUUUUUACAGAGUUGCUAAUUACCUGGUUCAUUAAAAGUAGAACUAUAUUGCUAUGAAUGAGAGUUAAGCCUUCCUUUCAAACCUAAUGCUAAACUUCCUAAAAGCACAGUAACCUGAUGUCAACCACCUGCUGAUUUUAUACCCAACUCGUGUAAAAAUUGGUGAUUUCAAAAAGACUCCUCACCUUUUAUAAACUGUAUUUGACGAAGCAGCUCUAACACUGCAGUAUACGUGCUUGACCUACUUAACAAUUCAGAUUUCUGAAGUUCCAUAUGGUGGGAUUGGUAGAUACUAAAAGACUUGGAAGGUGAUGGUGAAACGAUGCCUUCACUCUCUUUGUGUGUGUUCGGAUAAAUUUGAAUCUCUACUUCCCUCUAGCUGCUGUUCUGUCUCGGUGUCCUUAUUGUUGUGGGGGCAGCAGAACUUCUAGGGUUUUUUCUCACUUGCAUGCUAGGUUCUUCUCCCUAUAGCAGUGUCUUGCCACCAGCUGUGCCUGCUUCUGCCUCAGCCACACAGCUAUUGAUGUUAAACAGGCAUAACUCCCAGCUGCUUUGGUUUGACCACCAUGCUGUGCUCUGUCAGCGUAGCAGCAGCUGUGCCAUUUUGGCCUCUUGAUAAUUCCAUACUGUAGCUCCUUAACUACACUUCAGAGCAUUCAGUUUACCUCAGACUCUAGAAUAUGGCUUUCCAUUGAUACAUGCUUGGCUGAAUAUCCAUGAAGGUGUUUUUGCAGCCCUGAGAAGCCAAGAGUAAUCCUAGGCUCUGUAGAAUCAGUGUAUUAGGUCCAUGCACACAGCAUGUAAAGACUCUCAGAUGUUCCCGGUGAGUUGAAUUCCCAUACACCUCAGAGGGUUUUUGUCAGAGCACUGCCAGAGUGAUUUGCAAGAGUGAGAACUGAUCAUGCAACCCCUGUUUGGCAGAAAAUAACAGUGGUAGUACAGGUAAUCUCGCAUAGCUGGUAUUUAGAUAAUUUCUGCUCUGCUGCAUGCUUGCAAGUGAUUUUUACCAUCUCUUCGUUGUUUUAGGUGGAAGACAGAACUCUCGUGAGUUCAGCCACUGGAUCAGUUCAUAGUCUUGGUCUGAUUUAUUUUCUGCUAGCUUAACUGCCUAAUUUUCUUUCAGUUGUAAAUAAAAUGUACUUAGAAUAAGCCUGAGGAUUACUUUAUCAAAGAGUCAAAUGGGGCUGCAUAUUUACAACAGUGAAGUAGGCUGUGCCUUAGUAACACUAUGAAUGUUGCAGAACAGUAAGCAAGAACAUUGGAGUGGUUCAAAAUUUAUUGUGUAAUUUCUAGAUUCCUCUGCUGCUAAAAAUGGUUCUAAGACCUAAUGAAGGCUCCACAGAUUAAUGAAAAUGUGAGUCUUAUUUGGUACAUGGUCAUUAGGUGGAAUAUGAUUCAUAUCGCUACCAGUCCAUAGUACAGCAGUGGCCUGCUAACUUUAAAAAAUAUUGAACAAAUUAGUCUGUUAAUAUGCACUCUUGGUGGAAGAUUUGAAACAUGAAGUGUAUGUAUUGUAAGUACUAUCUAAAUUUUAUCUCUCCAUCGUGCAUGUGGUCCCUCUGGAUUAAUGGCAGUGCAGCAUGAGCAAAUCUGCACUCUCUCUCUCUCUUUUGUUAUUAAGUGACUGGGGUUUAUGAAGUCUGCCUUGCUCUGUACUUGCUUAAAACCUUCCAAAAUGGCCUUUCUCUUGCACAGCAUCACAUCACUAUAACAUAGUUUCAGCUCUGUCCUGGUGCUCAGUGAUCAAGUACAACUGAUCAUCCUUUUAAAGUUUGAAAGCAUCUUCCACUUUUCCAGAGGGCUGGAUGUUUACUUUUGUGGGAACAAUUUUGUGGCCUCCUAGAGAGGUGUGCUUGAGGAAACAGGCACCUGGGGUAGUUUGUGCAGCCAGGUCCUACCCCAGGGAGGAGAUACCGGAGCCCAGGUGCCUCCUCUGCUGCAGGCCAAGUGGAGAUUUAAGUGAAUAGGUGAAAAUACCUACUGUUCUAGAGAGUGGAAAAGUGUCCCAGGGACUGCAUGGUUUCAGGCAUGCCUGCUCCAGCUCUGACCUUGAGAGCAGCCAGAGGAACGGUUGCUGGGAUGUGGCAGGAUCCAGCUCCCCAGGAGAUCAGGAGCAGGAAUGAGCCCAGCUCCUCCUUGCAUGGCUGGUGGGUGAGUCAUGCAUUAGAAUAGAUGGCAUUUUAACAGUUGCAGCCCUGAGUUUCCUACAGUGAUGAGAUCCUUUGUUUUAGGAACCCAGGUAUGUCCUCCUGGUGCAUGUGGGCUAGACUUUUAAAACAUUACACGUGGGGCUACCAUGUUAAAAGGAAAACGGCCAGGCAUGGUGGUCUGCAAAAACACCAAAUAGCAACACCACCUAUGUUUUUUGAGAUCUGAGGCUGUGACUUGAGGGAGCAUGCUCUGUGCUGUGCUCAUGAGAACUGAGCAAGGCCACGGUUCCAGCAGUGUUCCCACUCCUCUGCAUGCUGGUAGCAUGAUUGCCCAUAGCUGAUGCUCAGCCCUGCUUCACAAAGAAGCAUGGCUUGAUCUCCCCUCAUCCUCCCCAAUUGUUUGCCUUGGUCUAAUUUAAAAAAAUAAACAACACGACUGUUCUAAUUAAAAAAAAAUAACACUUCCUUUUCCUCCUACAGAUCAUGCCUCAGGAUGAAAGUGUGCCAUGUAAAUUCAAGCAACAAUGGUUACUUGCAAGUGGUGUGGUUUUUGAUGCUGCGAGCCAGUUUGAGCUGCACUUGUCCCCAUCAUCUGGGUUUUUUCCCCUCCUCUUUCCCCUUCAUUUAUACAGACUAAUUACCAGUGCAGUCAGUUCUGUAAAUUGGUUGCUGUUCCUAUUGAUCAGAGAAUUGAUCAGCCUAUAACCUAAUUCCUCCAUGCUUUUCCUGCCCCUGAGGUCCCUUUUGGUUAGCCUAUGCACUGAAUGGGUCCAUGGGUGCAAAUGACAGUGACAGGGACAGCUGGGAUGAGCCUGCUCCUUUCUACAGGAGGUCAGAGAGGACUUGGGUCUGCUCUGUUUGUGAGAUUCAGCCUGGGGAAGAUGGUGAUGGGUUAUGAGAUACAUGAGAGAGAUUGAUUUUCAUCAUCACUGAAAGCACAUGGGUAACUACAUCCAGUAUGGGUCAGAUCACAUGGGUUCAUAUCCUUAAUGAGUGAUUUUUUUUUGUGUUGACCUCUACUGCUAAUUAAUAUGGACAAGUAAACUCAGAUGGCUCAACUUUUUUAGUACUUUACUGGUAAUUGAUGAUGCUGCUCAAAGCAAAAAACAAAGUAGCCCUUUAUCAGUUUUAUUUUAUGUUUACCUUGUGUACAUAAGUGUUUGCUGAACUGCCCAGAGCUUGUGAGAACAGGAAUGGGAUGCAGAACACAUUCCCCUCAUAGCAUAACUGCUUCAAAUGGUUGUGGUAGAAUAGCUGCACUGCCCUUUGCAAAGGGCCUGGCUUUCUUUAGAAGGGUUUUUUCACCUUUUCUUAGCACUUGGUUCCUUGAUUUAAUAUUCCCCACUGCUUUACUCCAGCUGCUUUUGUUUCUUUCGGAGGGAGCAAAGAAUCUCACUAGCUCUUCCAUUUCUGUUUUGAAGUUGUUCCCUCUUCCCCCACUCACCUCCCAGCUCAUGGUUUGUAAAGAUGUUUAUGUAUGAAGUUACUAUGGGAACACUUUUUUGAUGAGAGGUUCUUGUUUUAUGUAUUCAAGAAGUAAUUUCUUACAUAUACCUUGGUGACACGGUCUGCAAAUUGUGAUUUACAGCAAGAGACUUCUUUUCGAUCUCUCAGAUACUUAGAUAAGAUCUCUUACCUCUUAGAUAAGAACCAAAUUUCUAUGUUCUUUUUCAGGUCUGUUUUAUUUGAUCUUUUCUACCCUCCACAUUAGAUAAGAAAGUGGAAGAGUUAAGAUAAAAUGCUAUUUCAUACCUGGAGUUUUGUCUUCCUUUGGAAAUAGGCAGCUUUGCAUGUUUAGAACCCGAGUGCAAUGCUGAAGAGGUUGUCCUAUGGCAGCUUCAGCAAGCAUCUCUAAAAAUUGCAAGUUUACAUUCACUUAGGCUGCUUCUUAAUUUUCUUAGCACAGUGUGGUGAGUAAUUUUGUUCUUCAAAGACCUAAGCACUUUGUACAGUUCAUAUAAAUCCCAAUUGUAAAAAAUAUUGUUAUUUAUGAGUACAGAAACUUCCUAGGCAGGGAAAGAAUUUAAAAGAUUGUACUGUUUUCCCAGACAAGCAGCCAAAACACCUUCUUAGUUUGUACUCAAGGGAGGCUGGAUGUAAAAGAUGCCAAGGAAGUGAUAUGGAUGGAUUCCCAUACCACUUCUCCCAGAAAUGUUUUUUCGUUAUUACUGCAUUGUAAACAAUGUUUACCUGUUUACCAUCAUUGCUGCAUUUGCCUCUUGGGCAUUUUCUUUCCUUCUGCCUGUGUUUCUGCAGGUACCACUGUCCUUCUCUUUUAACGACUCUUCCACAAUCUCUCCCAGAAAAGUUCUGAUUCCAGUGAAAAGAGAAAUCACAAGCUGUUGGCUGAUAGCAUAAGGGGAGGUUUAAAUGAUGCACUGUUCUCCUUCCUUUGUCCUUGAUGCUAGAGAGGUUUGCGUGUGGUGAGCUGUUAAAAUAAUCUGCUCUGCCUUUACCCAGUUUGUUUGCAUUUGUUGCCACUAUUAGCCAGGGAAGCCUUCUAUAUUUUUAAUGGUAUUUAUUUGGUUUUGGCGUAGUACUCAGUUUAAAUGUUUCUUCAGCUCAAGAUAAAGGUGUUUUCAAUUUCCUGCUUUGGCUUUUCCCUUCUUUUUGUCUAAAUCUGCAGGGGAUCAAAUCAAUGCACUUGAAUUUUGGGGUUUGUACAUUUUAUCUUUGAACAGGCACCUACUUUUCCUGUCUGGCUAGAUCUGGAUGACUCAGUGUUUGCUUGAUGGGCCGUGUAAAUUUCUUUUCAUGCUGAGAGAAGAGACUUUUUGAAAUAUGAUGAUUUUAUUCUCUGUUAAUAAAUUUGCAGUAUUAUCUUUAUCACCUUAAAAAUGUUGAUAGUUGGUCAACUUCUAGCUUACAUAUUUGUAGCACUUCUGUUCCACACUAGGUAUCCUUCAUGUCAGCCUUUUAGUUUUUAUUUUGCAGCUUUUUCUACGAAGGGGGACUACAUGUCUUGUGAGUGUUUAAAUGUGAAUACUUUUUAUGUGUAUAACAGUAAUCACUAUGUCUGGAAACUUUCUCUGUUGUAGAAGAGUUGUAGCCUUUGGGGGUUUUUUGACACUGACAAGCUAAUUACUAGCUUCCUGUGGUUUUCUUCACAGGCUUCUGGGCUGGCUAAAUAAGAGAUACCAGCUUUCACCAGGGGUCUGCUCUUUGCCAGUGAUACGAUUCUCCUAAACCCAGGGGAACAUAGAGAUUUUGCUUCCUACACUGUUGGUGUUUUCGGGCAGCUGAUUUUCUGUUAAAGCAGGGAGGCAGUGGAGUCCCUGUGAUAAGCAUCUCUCUGAUGUUUAUCUAGUGGCUGAUCUUGCCAGAGUGAAUAGACCAAGAAAUGGAGCCUAGUCCAGACCGACUCACUUAAGGUGCCAGUGCAGUUGUGUUGAGAAAUGAAGGUCAUCUUGAUCUGGUAAUUUCCUGUUACCAUUUAAACCGUGGUGUACCACUGACACAUACGUGUUUGUGUGGAUCCAGAUAGAUAACAGAAGAAACGACAGCCAGAAGGUUUUGAUCCCUCUUGUUCUCUGGUUUCUGGAGUCUUGGAAAAUCCCCAAUUCUCUCCUUGGUGCCUGAAAAAUAAGGACAUACCCAUUUUUCUCUUUCUAUCCCCCAGCUUUUAUGGAUGGAUGAUUGUAAUUACACGUUGACUUACUGAUAGCGAAAUUUGACACAGAUGAGUACAGUUGAAGGGAAGUCACUCAGCCUUUCUCUCUGAGGAGGCAUAAGCAGCACUUUGAAGUUGGAGUUUGGAAUGGGAAUGGGUAUUUAUUAACAGGAGUGCAGGCUGUGUUCCCCACCCCAUGAAGCCGAGGGCUGUAAGAUGCCAGAUGAGCUGUGGCAGAGCAUUGCUAAUCACACACUGCCCGGGCAAAGAGCUCCAGGGAAAGUUUUGCACGAUGCUGUUUGCAACCACCUCAACCUUGUUGAAGGCGACUAUUUUGGCCUUGAAUUUCCAGAUCAUAAAAAGAUGAUGGUGUGGCUCGAUCUUUUGAAGCCUGUUAUGAAACAGAUUAGAAGACCGAAGCACGUUGUUGUAAAAUUUGUGGUAAAAUUCUUCCCACCCGACCAUGCUCAGCUGCAGGAAGAACUGACAAGGUACCUAUUUGCAUUGCAAGUGAAGCAGGACCUGGCACAGGGAAGGCUAACAUGUAAUGAUACCAGCACUGCCCUCCUAAUCUCACAUAUAGUACAGUCUGAGAUUGGGGAUUUUGAUGAAACCAUAGAUCGUGAACACUUAGCGAAGAACAAGUAUAUACCUCAUCAAGAAGCACUAGAAGACAAAAUCAUGGAAUUUCACCGUAACCACAUGGGACAGACACCAGCAGAGUCUGACUUCCAGCUUUUGGAGAUUGCCCGUCGGCUGGAGAUGUACGGGAUACGCUUGCAUCCAGCCAAGGACAGGGAGGGGACAAAAAUCAACCUGGCUGUUGCCAACACAGGCAUUCUGGUGUUUCAGGGUCACACCAAGAUCAAUGCCUUCAACUGGGCUAAGGUUCGAAAGCUGAGCUUCAAGAGGAAACGUUUUCUUAUCAAACUACGGCCUGAUGUGAAUAGUUCAUUCCAGGACACCCUGGAAUUCCUUAUGGCCAGUCGAGAUUUUUGCAAGUCUUUCUGGAAGAUCUGUGUGGAACAUCAUGCCUUUUUCAGGCUUUUUGAGGAACCUAAACCAAAGCCUAAACCUGUUCUUUUUUCUAGAGGUUCUUCAUUUAGGUUCAGUGGUCGGACUCAGAAGCAAGUUCUUGACUAUGUUAAGGAAGGAGGGCACAAAAAAGUGCAGUUUGAAAGGAAACACAGCAAGAUUCAUUCCAUCAGAAGUCUGACUGCACAGCCUUCAGAACAGCAUACAGAGGUGCCAAAACAAACUGCUAGAGCCUAUGGAGACAACAAUGACACUGCAGCAGUGCAGAGCUGCCGGCAAGGGAAGGAGUUGAAAUCUUCAACAGAAGACACUGGACAGCACAAGAGCCCUUCCUUGAAGAAGAGUCCAAAGGAAGGCAGAAAGGUGGAUGGAGCAGUGGUCUCAGCAGUGGAGGAAGAAGAGGAGCCUGCUAAGGAUAGGAUGCAGCAGAACAGACCUCAAUCACAGCAGCCAAGCACAGCAGGUUCUCUGACUGGCAGCCCUCACCUUUCAGAGCUUUCCAUCAAUUCCCAAGGAGGACCAUCAGUGGCAAAUAUGACUUUAUCUCCAAACUUGAGCCCUGAUGCCAAGCAGUCAUCUCCCUUGGUCAGCCCUUUGCUGAAUGACCCAUCGUGCAUCAGGGCUGAUGAUGAGGAAGAGGUCAAAAGAAAGAGGUUCCCUGCUGAGAAAGCUUACUUCAUUGCUAAAGAAGUGGCAACCACGGAGCGAACAUACCUGAAGGACCUUGAAGUCAUCACAUCGUGGUUUCAGAGUGCAGUGAGUAAAGAGGAUUGCAUGCCUGAAACACUGAAAAAUCUAAUUUUCUCCAACUUCGAACCUUUGCACAAAUUUCACACUGGUUUUCUCAAGGAAAUUGAGCAGAGACUUGCUCUGUGGGAAGGCCGCUCUAAUGCUCACAUUAAAGGAGAUUACCAAAGAAUCGGAGAUGUUAUGCUGAAGAACAUUCAGAGUAUGAAGCAACUGACAAUUCACCUGCGAAAGCACAAUGAGAUUUUAAUGGAGCUGGAGAAUGGGAUGAAGAACUCCCGCAAGCUGGAGACCUUCUGCAGAGAUUUUGAACUACAGAAAGUCUGCUACUUGCCUCUCAAUACCUUCCUCCUCAGACCUUUACACAGGCUUAUGCACUACAAGCAGAUAAUGGAGAGGCUUUGCAAGCACUACCCUCCAAGCCACAUGGACUUCAGGGAUUCGAGAGCUGCCUUGGCUGAGAUUUCUGAAAUGGUGGCUCAGCUCCAUGGCAAUAUGAUAAAGAUGGAGAACUUCCAGAAGCUGCAUGAACUGAAGAAAGACUUGAUAGGCAUGGACAAUCUGGUGAUCCCCGGAAGGGAGUUUAUUAGGCUGGGCAGUCUUAGUAAGUUGUCUGGAAAAGGUUUACAGCAACGGAUGUUUUUUCUGUUUAAUGAUAUCCUGUUGUACACAAGUAGAGGCCUGACAGCAUCCAAUCAGUUUAAAGUCCAUGGGCAUCUUCCACUGUAUGGCAUGACAAUGGAGGAAAGUGAGGAGGAAUGGGGAGUUCCUCACUGUCUGACACUACGAGGUCAACACCAGUCCAUCGUUGUUGCUGCAAGUACCCGCGCUGAAAUGGACAAAUGGACUGAGGACAUCCAGAUGGCAAUAGACCUGGCAGAGAAAAGCAGUGGCCCUGCCCCAGAGUUACUGGCAAGCAGCCCACCUGACAAUAAGUCUCCUGAUGAAACUACUGUAGACCAGGAAUCUGAGGACGACCUCAGUGCAUCCCGCACCUCACUCGAACGUCAGUCACCACACCGUGGCAACACUACGGUGCACGUCUGCUGGCACAGAAAUACCAGUGUUUCAAUGAUCGACUUUAGUAUUGCUGUGGAGAACCAGCUGUCUGGAAAUCUGCUAAGAAAAUUCAAAAACAGCAACGGGUGGCAGAAGCUUUGGGUGGUGUUCACCAACUUCUGCAUGUUCUUCUAUAAAUCGCACCAGGACAAUCAUCCUUUAGCCAGCCUUCCUUUAUUGGGAUAUUCACUUACCCUUCCUUCUGAAUCUGAAAACAUUCAUAAAGAUUAUGUGUUCAAGCUACAUUUCAAAUCCCAUGUGUACUACUUCAGGGCUGAAAGUGAAUACACCUUUGAAAGAUGGAUGGAAGUGAUCCGAAGUGCCACCAGCUCUGCCUCACGCACUCGAGCUCUGAGUCACAAAGAGCCUCACGCCUAUUGACGGCUGAACAAGCCUCUGUGUUGAUUGUCCAGCAGCUGCUGAUUUUCUAGAGGACAUUUGAAACUCUUUUUCUCCCUCCAAGUUUAGGAAAACUUACACUUUGGUAAAAGAAGAGAAUUAAGUAUGGUUUUGCAGAAACUUUCACAAUUCCUCAGCAAAACUGUUUCAGUUCUCUGAAUAUACAAACUAGCUUACCAUCAUCCCAGUGGCUGCGGUUCAUUUCAUGUCUUGUAUUUUGUCAUUCUGUGCUGUUUUUAGCUUGUGCCAGUAUUAAAAUAUUGUCCUUAUUAGAGUGCCAAAUGCCAAAAGACGUUUUGUUGCCUCAAAGAUUGCACCUAAAAGAAUUCCCAGAUGACUGAAACCUGAAAACUUUCUCCUCUGAGGCAAACACUAUUUUCUUCUCUUUUCAUAAAAAUAUAUUAUUUUUUUUUACCAUGUUAAUCUGUAGACUGCUGGGCUUUUAAAUGUAGAUGGAUUUUCACAGUAUAGAAUAUAAUUAUAUAUACAGCAAGCAGUCUAACAGGAAUGAGAUAACUUUCAGAUUUCAUGCUUUUUUCCCCAGUCUUUCUACAUUUAAUCAGCAACGAUUUACUAAUUUUCUAUGUUUAACAAGGAAACAGUUGACAGCUCAUUCUCAUUUCCCUUUGGGGUCACAAAUCCAUGUGGUAUAACUAAAGUAUAGGGUUCUUACCUAACCAUUUUUUUGGUGCAAGUUGACCAAAUUGUUCAUCUGUUGGCUUUGAAAAGUGAGUACUACUUGCAAGACAAAAAAAUUUUAAAAUAAUCCAGUGCAAUAUUAUUUGGGCUGUUAAUGUACUGUGAAUGGUUAUGUACAAGAAGAAAUUAAAGGCUGUGGUGACAUUCUGCUGUUUGUUUUACAAACUUGAAAGAAAACCUGUAUGCUACAAGAACCGCAGCUAUUUGUGAUUCAUUUGCAGUGUUUUGGUAACUAAAUUGCUCUAAGCUGGGGGGUACUACUGAAGCCCCAAGUUUUCAUCCUGCUUGCUACACAUCCCAAACUGACUUGCAGUUUAUUGUUGGAAUUUCAGUCUCUCCCUCUCUCCCCUGGGACUCAGGCAGACAGAGAGCAACUUACACUACCUGCAGCAGAACUACCCAUUUCAUAUGCCUAGCUUGAACAUCAGCUGGCACCGCAUUUUGGAUAAGCUGGUGGCGUGCUGAGAAGGUUGGCAGCACUGUAUCUGCAAGGCUUAGAUGCUUUCCCUCAUGUUCUAAGAAACAUUGUCACUAGGGUGAUGUAAAAGUUCCACUGGCAGAAAGAAGUUUGCUGUGCUGGUAACACCCAUCACCAUUACAGGCCUUGGAGGAAGCACGGUGCUAAGCAGAGGGGGCCUGAAGGUCAGUCUGGGAAACGAAGCUGGGGAAGUUCUAUCCCUGCUUUUUCUUCAUCCAGCUGCUCGCUUUGUUAAUGGCUUGUCUGUGUGCAAUGUGUAAAAUGGCUUCUUACAGCUUUGCUCACAACAAAAGGGAAUAAAAUACCUCACAACACCAUUGUACAUAUGCCUGUUUCGAGACAGUAAAGCGUUCUUUCUGUUACCCCCAACCCCAGACAUACCUCUGUCCAAGAUGAGGAUGGGCUCCGAACCCCUAAGGACAAGCAGCAGUCCCCAUGGCCAAAUCCAAGCACACCCUGACAAAGGGAAACUCUUUUCAGAGCAUUUCCUUCAGCUGCAGGGAGACCUUCAGCCCCCUGGGCAGCUAGAGUGCUGCAGUUGCUCUUUGCCUCAGCUAGUGCCCCUGGCUCUCCAUACCAGUGCAAUAAUCACACCUACCCUGGAGCAUUGCCUCUGGCUAAGAUGUGCUGAAGAACAAACUUGGAAAGUAGGUAGGAAAAUCUGAAGCCCAUUUUCUCAGCUACAGGUCCCACUGCCUUGUCCAUUCUGAGCCUGUGACCCUACCCUGUGGUAACAUACAGGAAUUCCAGUGCUUCAGGACUGACCAGGAAUGCGAGCAAUGAUCUGCACAGCAAGGAGAGGAAAUAACAGGUGAAUAAACAUGUGAACAACAACUCAGCUGCAGCCAUACUGGUCUGGGAAAACAAUGCUGAAAAAGCAACAGCACUUGAUGUUGCUAUGAAGUAAAACGCUGCAGACCUGGUCCUGCCAAAAAUUAUUAUUAUUGAGUGGUAAAAUAGUACCUUACAAGAGAGGGCCCUGCAUCUUCCCUAUAGAAUUGUUGUCUAUGACAGUGAGAGGCUUUUUUAAAAAUGGAAAUUAUAUUGAGGGCCAUGCCCUUAAUUCAGCCAAAACUGAAUUUUAUUUUAGAACCCUGGGGCUUGUUGGAUAGAAUGUUCAUUAACUGCUGUCUGCUGCAGUAGUUUAUUCUGAGCUCUCCAAAGAAAUCAAGAUCUUUUCUCAUUACGUUUCAGUUUAACACAAGGUGAAAAGAUUUAUUUAAUUUUAUUUGGAAAAUAAGGCAAAGACCAAAAUACAGUGAUAUUUAUUGUUAAGGGCAGAGACCAAGUUAGGCUGUGGGUGCAACUUUCAGAAUACACACCUAAUCACCAUUUACACCUUUUUGUAUUAUUUUUCCUAUUAAAAAAGAAGUAUAACACAAGAUUAUUUUUUCUGCUCUACUAAUGUGACUUUCCAUUUACUUUUAAAAUGGAACCAUUUGAACUGCUGUCACCUGUCAGCAUUUUCCUAGGUGUCUAUUCCCAGGGUUAACCCAAAACUGAAAUGAUAGUAAGAGAGUAAAUCUAUUGUCUUGAUGCUCGUAUCUUGGAAACAGGCAGAGUCCACGUGUGUGAAUAAAACUGAAAUGUACUAGAAAAUUCAGAUGUACAACCACUUAUUUUUAAUCCUGAUUCACAUCAUAGCACUGCCUGUGCAGUCAAGCAGGGCCUGCAGAGAGGGAGGGUCACUGUGUGCCAGGUCAGGAGCUGUCACUAAACACAUCUCUCUCAGCUGCAGGAAAACCUCAGACAGGGCACUCCAGGAGAUUUGCUGCUGGUGUUGUUAUUACUCACCAUGAAAUAGUUGCCAGUUUCCAAUAAUGGAAAAAUAAAAACAAAACAGGGACUUCAUUGCCUGAAAGAGGUUGCACCACAGGCAAACGGAUCAAAAAAGCCUGGAAUCCUGUGGUUUUUUCAACAAGAUUAAACAUCUCCACCAUUUAUCUGCUGUCUAAUUUAACCUCUGUUAAGAUGUGUUUGAUAAUAUACCUCAAACCGACCUCUUUUCAGAACAUUUUAUUUGAAGAACACUGACACCUUAAUGCCUUUGUAAAUUCAGCUGAAACCAGACAAAAAUGACAGACUGAAAGACAAGUCACCAGGUAGGGGAAAACACGCUGUGAUUGCAGAAAUCUUGAUAAAAGUCUCUGACUAAGGAGGAAGAAAAAUUCAUUUUAGAGACAAAUUCAGGUGUAAUAGCCUGCCAUUCCAUCAGCCAAGAACAAGGAUCAAGAAAGACCUGAAAAACCAAAUUUUGCCCAUUCUUUCUAUACAGGACCAAUUACAUGGUCUUAGCCCUCAAAAGCACAGUUACCUAUGUGCAGGCAGAUGCACAACUCCAGCUGCUACAGCACAUGGACACUGCCUCUGCCCUGGGGCAUAGGGAAGCUGGUAGGGGACAAAAUAACGGGCAAUGUACCACACAUACAGAUUUUAUGAGCAGAAAAUAGUAAUGAAGUACAACUACAGGAGUGCAGCUGUCACACAGUUUGUCACGAGGUAAAGGUGCAAUCCAUGUAGUUUGUUGUGAGCAUUUAAAUCAGUUUCACUGGACUGGCAAGAUGGAGGCUACAAGGUGGGCUUUAAAUCACUGUCAUCUGUAAGUGCUACAAAUUCUGAUCUGAUUGCCAUUAAAAAUACAACACUGUUUAAUAACCUUUCUGCAUAUCAUUACUGACACACGGGCAAUAACUGCUCUAGAAGCCCAAAGAGCAUCCCCUCCAGGGAGGGGGCCCUGAAUCUCAUCUCACUGACCACUCAGGUGGCAACAUUUCAUGAAAUUUUUCCUUCUUCGUUAUGUAGUUUACAAGGAGGUUUACUGUGUUGGUGUAGAGUGACAGAAGUAAAAUUUAAAUACACGGUUAUAAACAGGCAGCAACAUUACAGAAAAUAAGACACACCCUUUCAUGGUCCUCUGAAAUCAUGCAUUCAAGGUGGCAAGAAACCCUUGCACACGAUUUGUCCAUGGCAUGUACUUCAGUGCAGUUCCCAGCACAUCUGCACAACACAGUUAAAAGCAGGAAACACAUUUGUGCUAUACCUUCAGCUCCUCCCCAGCAGCCUACUUGAUCCUUGCAUGACACCUGUGCUGAUAUUAUCAGCACUCUGGAUAAUCUUCCAAUGGUGGCAUUUUUGAAGGCAAAACACAUUUCAUUCAAGUUACUGUACAACUACUACGAACUGCUACCACGCAGUUUAAAAAGUAGUAAGAACAACACAGAAAGUAGUGAGAGCUAAAGAAGACAUUGCCCAACUACACUGAAAGCACAUUAAGAGGCAGAUGAUGGCGUGCCAGGCUACAGGAGGAUGGGAACUCGCACUGAGCCAGCUGCUUUGCAGUGAGGUGCCAACACACCCAGCCUGACCUUCCCCCUCCACCUGCCCCUCUUGCACAGCAGGGGCAGAACACCCCAGUUAGGGCAUUCCACAAAGAUCAGUUUAUCUUCUGUUCCCACAAGCUCACACACUGCGAUGGAGCUGCAAAGGAACCACGGCACUGCAGAGUGAAGUUACUGCUUUGUUACUACACCAAAAGUGUUCUGUGCCCUAGCACAUCAUCCUUCAGUAAACUGAUCAGCAACUACAAAGUGCAACUGCAGAGAAAAUUAGGGUAACAAAAUAGAUCUGAGAGUUAUAAAAAAGCAAGCCUUCAGUUCAAAUAACUGAUUUUAUUGUUUUUAAACAGUGAGUUUAUUUACUGCCUAAUCAUGAAAUCCCUGACAAAUAAGCAGUUCUACUAAUUUAAAGGUUUGCAUAAAUAGGGAUAGCUUGUCAUUUAGUAUAGUCAAGACUGAGGGAAGUACUACCUGCACAGAAAAAUCAUCAGUGCAACAUCGUAACACAGACAUGUUUUAAGCAUGAAAAAAACCUCUCAAAAAUAUCAAUACACUUCUUUUCCUCUGAGAAACUGAGGUGGUGCUUCUUUCAAAUGAAGCUCCUCUUCUGUUACCAAUAUAGACCUGAUUUUUAAAGCAUCAAUACUUUUUAAUAGCAAAUGAUUGUACUUCUACAUUCAAGAUACAGCACACUUUUUUUUUCAGUGAAUCUCAGUUUAGGAUAGUCUAUAUUUAAAUAAUCUGUAUAUUACAUAUAAAAAUACACAUCUCUACCAUAAAUGAGGUCUUGUCUUCUUCUAAAUGCCCAAGCCUUUUGGCCACCUGUCCUCACCACAAGUCUUACUCAUCUUAAGCUCUGACACAUUCAUCAAGCAAAUUCUGCCACUGUCUACUCAGAGAAGUACUUCCUCAACAUACAGUCCUGGAACACAACUAAAAUGCAACUCAAAACACAUAUAUAUAACUUUUCAAAUGAGUGUUCAAAGACUGUAGCUUAGAAUUUAAUUCAACUUGCUGAUUGAUAAAUUCUUGACAUUCAAGCCAGCAGCGUAAGUUUAACUUCCCCACUAAGUCUCAAGAGUUCUGUGCAUCUCCCAGUAAGCUCACUUUAAUUUCCAGUCCUUACAAUAACAGAUGACUAGGGAACAGCUUACACUGAUCAAUUUAUACUUCCAAUGCAAACACACCUGUUGAUUUCUUUGUGCAGUCACAGCACAGGGAUCUACUGAAGGUUGAAUGUUCUCAUAUUGAGACAUCAACAGGUAAAUUUCCAUUGCACUGCAGUCUGAUGCCCAUUUCACAAAAGCAGUGCUAAAUUUGUUUCCUCAAAAGUGAGGCUAUCCAUAACACUUAGGAGCACACUAAACAACAUAAUUAAAAAUAUUAAUCAAAGUGGAGUUGUAAAACAUUGCUCAAACUUUAGCAUUGUUCAAUUUAUUUUAAAUUCCCUUAGCCAUAAAGGAAACCCAUUACCUCAUUAGGCUGGCAAAUGAGUAAUGCCUGAAAGCAUGGCCAUAAGAUGAACACACAACUACAUUUCUUCCAGCUGUUGUUUCAACCUGGGCAGAAGUCCAUUAGCUGUGUUAGCAAGACAGUGUCCUCUUACUGUUAAAUUCUUAAAUUAAUAAAUUAAGGCUAUUAAUAUGCAUAGACUAAGGGCUAUCAUGGUGAUAGAAGUCCUGGAAGGAGAUCUCACCAGCUUCCACAAUGGUUAGAGUACCUGGGUUUCUUGUACCAAGCCAGGCAGAUAUGCCUGUAUUUUAAAUGUUAAUCCUUUCUGUUCCAAAGCUCCCAUCUAUAUUUUUUUUAAAAAGUAAAUAUAUUAAGUUACUUCACAGUCAUGCAAAGCAUAAAGUCAUCAAUUUCUUCAUUAAAGAAGGCAAAAAUGCUCUCUUAGCUACUGGAAUAAGAACCUGAAUAUAGUCUUGGUGAAACCAACCAAGGUAAACCUCAGAGUAAUACUGUGGGGAGAAAAAAAAUAGCAGCUACCUAAUCAACUGUGCAUACAACUAAUGAACUAGUAUUACUGUUUCCAAGAUCUAUGACACCUAUAGUCAGCUAUCUAGAAGCCCUCACAGGAAUACUGGAAAUUUUAAAAUUCAGAAUUUCAAGAAGAAACUUUUCUCUGGAGAGGCAGGCAGCAGGACCCAGCACACAGCACUCACGCUGCUUUGCAGUCUCUCUGUCCAACAUCUAUCCAUUUUGGUAAAGAGAUGCAUAGAUCUAGGCAGCGAGACCAAAUACUGGAUCCAUGGAUGAUUUUUCUUUUAUGCUGAAAGUCUUUUGUUUUAAUGAUAAAAAUAGGCAUGAUAAAGAAAUACUUGCCACUGUCUCAGAAUCUACACCUUAAGGAGGUAUUUCAGAAUAAAUGAAGGGAAUAAAGAUUUCUCUGAGCAUUUAAACAUGUUCAGGUGAAAAAAAGA